AUGAAACAGUUUUUGUUACAUUUGGACGAAACCAAUGCUUUGGGCACUAGAUUUAUAAUACAGGACUUGGACUCAACUCAUCUCUUCAUCUCAUCCGAUAUCAUCGACAGUCUGAAGAACCAAAUCGACGAUCUUAUGGAUCAGAUCUCAUUCUCAAGUAAUAUUAGACAACAGUAUAGAGUGUUGGAUGAGAGCGGACGCAACCGCCGAAGACGUAACCAAUUGGAACAGUUAGAGAGGGAUAACUUCCACGACGACCCGCACGCCAACCUUCAGAUGCAUAAGAAAGCGCCCAAAUUUGAAGACAACCACAAGUCCAACAGCCAUAGCGUGUGGUCGUCGACGGCCACGAAGAGGCAU